AUGAUAAAACUAAGUCUAACAAGAUUACGUAUUUGUCACGACUUUGAGAUACUCGCCAACUUUUCAGGAAACCAAAGACCGAUCUGGUCUUUGUUAAUUCUUUUUCAUAUUUUUAACAUUUUUUUCGAGCCUGUAAUUGUUCAUUCUUCCUCUCUACCUCCUCUUGUACGUCUAGAGUAUGAUGAGGUGAAAAUCCGUAAUCAUACUACGUCAAAACACGUUAUGUUUUUAUCGAUGGUUGGAGGGAGAAGUCACGUUAAACCCAUUUUGGAAAUAGGGCAAAUAUUAUUUACAAUAGUUUCUCCAAAUGCAAAUAAAAUAAUCGAUCGUGAGUACCCCGAGAUCGAGCUCAUCACAAUCGAGCCAAUAUGGAAAGAAGUCACAAAAAUCGCACAAGAUCUAUUUCUCAAUGAAUACGUUAAUUUUCGACACUUGCGCAAAAUCUAUCGAAAGACUGAAGGCCACUAUCCGUAUGCUUUUCCUAUAUUACUAAAUGCAGCAGUCGAAAGACGAGCAGAUGUAUUGAUAUGUGAAAUGGAAUGGAUGGCGGAAGUUUGUGCGGAUGUUGCUUGGGUUUUGGGAUUGCCCAUUGUAUUGGAGCACUAUGAAUUGGGUGCAGCUGUGAGCGCACCUUACAAAUCAGAUCCUAUCUAUAAAACAGACUAUAUUUCGGGAUGUCAUGUAUCGCUCGAGAAUUUAUCGUUUUGGGAUCGUUUCAAAUGUGCUGUUAUUCUACAUCCGAUAUUGAAGUUACUUCAGUAUGAAUCAAUGUUUUAUUUUAACUCGCAUCGCUCUGCUCAUGGGAUCGAAUGGGUCUGGAGUCCUAUGGAGCGAAUUAAGGAUUCCCUUUACUUAGCUAAUUCUUUUUUUGGAUUUGAGAUUCCAGAAAAAUUAUCUCCACUCGUUCAGGAAAUUGGACCAAUUUAUUACGAAUAUUAUGAACCACUAACCAAGGAACCAAAGGAAUUUCUAGAUUCGCAUCCAAAAACGCUGUACAUUGCAUUCGGUGGCCGCUUCUGGACAAUUACAGAAAACUAUAAAAAAAUUAUGCAAACUAUCCUCGAAGCAAUAAACACAAAACUUCUUGACGGUGCAAUUUGGUCAAUUCCUGCAUCACAUUUGAAGGGCAUUCCUGGAAACAUUACACUCAACGACGGAACAGUUAUCGACACUGCUCAGAUAGUCGCGAGCAAACAUCCUCAUAUUCUUCUGCAAAAUUGGGCGCCGCAAUUCGCGAUUCUCAACCACACGAACGUAAAAUUAUAUCUCACACAUGGUGGCAUCCAAAGUGUUCAAGAAUCUCUCUACCAUGCUGUUCCGAUGCUUGUGCUACCUCUGUACAUUGAUCAAUGGGGAAACGCCGAGAAACUCAUGCUACAAGGAUGUGCUCUAGCAGUAUCGAAACUUUCUUUAUCUGUCAAUGACAUGCUUUCUAAAAUGCGAAUGUUAAUGACAGACGACAAAAUUAAAUUGAAUCUUUUAAGAAUGCAGACUUUGGCGAGGAUGAAUGGGAAUCGCAAGUAUCGUGCCGCCGAUUUGAUAGAAUACGUGAUGGAUCAUGCAAAAUUGGAUCCAAAUUCUGGUAGUAGGAUACCAACUGUCCAAGAAUGGGUUACGCCGGAUCGAAGAAUGGGAUGGAUUAGAGGAAAUAAUGUGGAUAUUUGGUCGUAA